UUCAGACCCCAGUUCCCCGCAGGUCGUCGAUGCGUGAGAGUGGAAGUGAUCGGUGCGAGCGAGGAAGAACUCGGGAGUUUGGUGUGGGGCAGGCGAUUGAAAAAUUGACGUUCCAAGUCACAUUUCACACCUAGCUCCUCUCCUGCGCAGGUCGAGGAGAGGCUGUGCUCUCAGAUAAUAUUACCGAGAGAAAAAGAAAUCGCGUGUUUAUUUAUUUAUCGAUUCGUUGAAAUAUUCCGGGCAAACCCAUACCACACCAAAGUACACCGCAUCGCAUCGCGUUUCCUACCGACGUGCUGCUCCGUGUGUGACAGAUUCUACCGGUUCACGCAUGAAUGGCCUACAUCUAGGCGGCGCGAACUAGUCAUAAAUUUUCAACUAGUCAAGAAUUGUUGAACGUUACAAACGUCCGAAGAUCUAACAAAAUCACCGAGCGCAGUUGGCGAAUGAAAAACAUCCAACACUAAAAAUUCGAAGAACAAAUAGAAGACCGUCUCAAAGGGGCAAAAAAACAGACAGCGGGGGUCAAGAAAGAAAGUAACAAAACAGAAACGGAUGACAAAUAACAGAAUAGAAACUACACAGAAUCGUACACGUCGACUAACUUUUACGGACACUCGAAAAGGCCCUGGAAAAAUAAAACUGGACCUUCCGAUCGCAGCUACACCAAGGAGAAAAGCAUAAUACACGUGUCGAGAGGAAAGAUGAAUAAAAUGAAUUAUAUGGAGGUUACUCUGCCAAAUUAUUCGUACGUGUUCAACUUCGAGGAGGAGUUCAUUCAUCAAGACACCAGAGUGUGGAUGACAAAUAAUUGGACGAACUGCUUCUACUAUUGCGGAAUAUACAUGAUAUUCAUAUUUGGCGGUCAGCAUUUAAUGGCUAGCCGACCCAAGUACGAACUCAGGGGUGUACUGAGUUUAUGGAACACGAUACUGGCCACAUUUUCCAUCAUUGGAUUUACCAGGACUGCUCCGGAACUCAUUCACGUUCUGAGGAACUACGGGCUUUAUCAUAGCGUCUGUAUACCGAGCUUUAUCGAACAGGAUCGCGUUUCCGGUUUUUGGACCUGGAUGUUCGUCCUCUCAAAGCUCCCAGAGCUCGGAGAUACGGUGUUCAUAGUCCUCCGUAAACAGCCUUUGAUCUUUCUCCACUGGUAUCACCACAUCACCGUUCUUCUAUACUCUUGGUUUUCAUAUACCGAAUAUACCGCGUCAGCGCGGUGGUUUGUCGUAAUGAAUUACUGCGUCCACUCGAUAAUGUACUCGUAUUACGCUUUGAGAGCGAUGCGAUAUUCACCGCCCAAAUGGAUAUCGAUGGUGAUAACUGCCCUGCAGUUGACGCAGAUGAUCGUCGGGUGUGCGAUAAACGUCUGGGCCCAUCAAUAUCUUGAAAGUGGACAGGCCGAGUGUCACAUAUCGAGGGUGAACAUAAAACUGAGUCUUAUGAUGUACUUCAGUUAUUUCGUAUUAUUCGCAAGAUUCUUCCACAAGGCGUACCUCGGAGGAAAGGGCUCGAAAGCAGGGAAAAAAAUAUACGCCAAUGGGAAUGGACACAUCGCUGCGGAUUACAGUAACGGAAAACUCAAAGAGAACUAAAGGUCUGGAUUAUUUUAUCAGGGUUUGUUCCGGGAAACUUAUAGCUUGGGACUAGCUGGAGGUAAAGGAUUUGUGAAUUUGUGAAUUUGCAAUUCUUCGCGAGGCACGUCACCAGCCUACAGGGGCAAAAAAUACAAGUUCAAACAAAACUGCUUCAGUUUUAAGAAAAUCUACAGGAUGUGCACGUUAUGUGUACAUGAUAUGCACGUGGAUUUAACCUGAGUAACGUGCUCCCCGGAUCAAAAUAAGGAAAGAAACGAAACAAAUCCUUGUGUACAUAUACCUAUAAUCUAAUCUGGCAAACUGCACUGUAUGAAAUAAUGGCUUUUACAUUAUUUCUAUGGUUCACUAUAUCGAUUAAAGAAAAUGGUUAGGAAUUUUUGUAUAAUUUCGUUCUGGUUUGAUUUAUUUAUUCUUAUUUUCACGAGUCUCUUCGGCAGUCUAGUAGGUACAUUAGCACAUACUCCACAAUUCUUGACUCUGCUCAAUUGCAAUGAAGAUGCACAAAAACCAAGCGAAUUAAUCUACAUAAUUCGCAAACUAAUGGGAAUCAUUGAAAUGGGAUGCCGAACUAUUAACAUUGGAACUUUUUGUCUGCAAUAUUUUUAUCACAUAUGUAUAGUAUGAACGAUCUACGCGCAAUGGGUUUUCAACGAACCCAACGAGAUGUAUAAUGAUACCUUAUAGAAAUAUGCGAGCUAAUUACCCCCAUAAUAGCGAGGAAUAAUAUACAAAAAAAAAAGAACGAAUGAAUGAAAUAGUCAAACAUUGUCGUUGCCGGAGGUAUGUCCAAAGUACCUCGUGUACGGUCUACUCGUAAGUAGCACGACCGAUACAGGUAUGCUGGGUGAAUACCUACACAGCAUCGAUUCUGUUCAUCGGCAGGGCAAAAUGAAACGUUGAAAAAAAAAAAAAAAAACCAGUUU